AUGCUUAAAAAAGAAGAUCCAAAUAAAUGCAUAUGGUGUGAAGAUUACUAUCUGCCAGAUACAGAUUUUCAAUGCUUUCUAGCACAAGUUGAUCAUUGUGUAAAAUUAGUGCGUAAUGACCCAAAUCACUGCUCAGAAUGCCAGGGUGGCUCCAUUUUUGAUACAAACGGUGUUUGUGUUCCUUCUGGGCUGUGAAACUGUAAAAUAGUUGCUAGCGGAAACGGUGAUGUAUGCGAUACAUGCAAAGCAGGCUGGAAAGGGGUUGCAUGUGAUGAAUGUGAUACAGGCUAUUCAGGGGAUGACUGUGAUAUAUGCGCUAAUGCAGGCUACCUUAUUGAUGAAAAUUCUGCUUGCCUAUUAACGUCAAUUAGCCACUGUGUGAAGCUAAAAGUAGGUAAAGCUGAUUCUUGUGCUGAAUGUGAACAAUAUUAUAAAGGUACUACAUGCACAGAAUGCGUUGAUGGAUAUUUACCUGAUGAAAAUUCAGUGUGUCUUCAAACAGAAUUAACCCAUUGCGCUACUCUUGCAAGCAAUGACCCUACUACCUGCCAUACAUGCAGUAUUGGCUGGAAAGGAGCUGCAUGUGAUAGCUGUGAUACAGGAUAUACAGGCUUGACUUGCUCUGACUGUGCUCAAGGCUAUUUACAUGACGAAAAUUCAGCUUGUCUCCUAUCGUCUCUUCCUCACUGCAAUAUUCUCACAGCUAAUACUCCUGCAUCUUGUCACCAAUGCGAAACAGGCUAUACAGGAACUACUUGCUCAGAUUGCUCAGCAGGAUACUUACAUGACCAAAACUCGGCUUGUCUUCAAACCUCAAUUAUACAUUGUAUCACGCUUAAUAGUAAUGAUCCUAUCACUUGCUAUAAAUGCAUGGAAGGUUGAACUGGAGAGAAGUGUGAAGAAGGUUGUACUCAGGGAUACUUACUUGACUAUAAUGGUAAUUGUCUUAAAACAUCGCUAACUCAUUGUUUCUGACUUCAAGCAGAUAAUCCUAAUUCGUGUAUGUCAUGCGAAAAUGGCUAUACAGGAGAAACAUGCACUACUUGUGAUACAUAUUAUUUGCCUGAUACUGAUGGAUUUUGUAUUCAGUCAUCAUUCACUAAUUGCAAAACUAUUGCAAGUGGGAAUGGAAAGGUUUGCGUCGAAUGUAAAGAAGGAUAUACUGGAACUUUAUGUGACAGUUGUGCACCUAAUUAUUUACCUGACACAAAUAAGUAUUGCACUCCUUCUACUUUACAGCAUUGCACAUUAGUUGUUUAUGGCAAUGGUGAUGCUUGCGAGCAAUGCACUAAAGGUUGGACUGGCACUCAAUGUGACAGCUGUGAAACAGGCUACUCUGGAGAUUCAUGCACCGAUUGUGCUCAAGGAUAUUUGAAGGAUGAAACCUCAGUUUGUCUUCAAACAUUAAUAACUCAUUGCACUAUUCUUACAAACGCUGAUCCUAAUUCAUGUCACCAAUGCGAGAUUGGCUAUUCUGGGGCAACAUGCUCUGAUUGUGCUCAAGGCUAUUUACAUGAUGAAACCUCAACUUGUCUUCAAUCAUCAGUUUCCCAUUGCGCUACUCUUACAGCUAAUACUCCUACCUCUUGUUAUCAAUGUGAAGAUGGCUACUUAGGAACGUCCUGCAGUGACUGUGCAGAAGGAUACUUGCAUGACGAAAACUCACUUUGUCUUCAAGCAUCGAUAACUCAUUGUAUCACAUUAGCAAGCAAUAAUCCUAAUGCCUGUCAUACUUGUGAAUUAGGAUAUUCUGGUGCUACAUGCUCUGAUUGUGCUCAAGGCUAUUUGCAUGACGAAAAUACAGCUUGUCUCCAGUCGUCUAUUACUCACUGCACUAUUCUUGCAGCCAAUAAUCCUUCAUCUUGUCACCAAUGCGAAACAGGCUAUGCAGGAACUACUUGCUCAGAUUGCUCAGCAGGAUACUUACAUGACCAAAACUCGGCUUGUCUUCAAACCUCAAUUACACACUGUAUCACACUUAAGAGUAAUGAUCCUAACACUUGCUAUAAAUGCAUGGAAGGCUGAACUGGAGAGAAGUGUGAAGAAGGUUGUACUCAGGGAUACUUACUUGACUAUAAUGGUAAUUGUCUUAAAACAUCGCUAACUCAUUGUUUCUGACUUCAAGCAGAUAAUCCUAAUUCGUGUAUGUCAUGCGAAAAUGGCUAUACAGGAGAAACAUGCACUACUUGUGAUACAUAUUAUUUGCCUGAUACUGAUGGAUUUUGUAUUCAGUCAUCAUUGAUGAAUUGCAAAACUAUUGCAAGUGGGAAUGGACAGGUUUGCCAUAAAUGUAUAGAUGGAUAUACUGGAACUUUAUGCGACAGUUGUGCACCUAAUUAUUUACCUGACAUAUAUAAGUAUUGCACUCCUUCUACUUUACAGCAUUGCAAUGUUGUUGUCAAUGGCAAUGGUGAUGCUUGCGAACAAUGCACUAAAGGUUGGACUGGCACUCAAUGUGACAGCUGUGAAACAGGCUACUCUGGAGAUUCAUGCACCGAUUGUGCUCAAGGAUAUUUGAAGGAUGAAACCUCAGUUUGUCUUCAAACAUUAAUAACUCAUUGCACUAUUCUUACAAACGCUGAUCCUAAUUCAUGUCACCAAUGCGAGAUUGGCUAUUCUGGGGCAACAUGCUCUGAUUGUGCUCAAGGCUAUUUACAUGAUGAAACCUCAACUUGUCUUCAAUCAUCAGUUUCCCAUUGCGCUAUUCUUACAGCUAAUACUCCUACCUCUUGUUAUCAAUGUGAAGAUGGCUACUUAGGAACGUCCUGCAGUGACUGUGCAGAAGGAUACUUGCAUGACGAAAACUCACUUUGUCUUCAAGCAUCAAUAACUCAUUGUAUCACAUUAGCAAGCAAUAAUCCUAAUGCCUGUCAUACUUGUGAAUUAGGAUAUUCUGGUGCUACAUGCUCUGAUUGUGCUCAAGGCUAUUUGCAUGACGAAAAUACAGCUUGUCUCCAGUCGUCUCUUCCUCACUGUACUAUUCUUACAGCCAAUACUGCUGAAUCUUGUCACCAAUGCGAAACAGGCUAUACAGGAACUACUUGUUCUGAUUGUUCAGUAGGAUACUUACAUGACCAAAACUCAGCUUGUCUUCAAACCUCAGUUACACACUGUAUCACACUUAAGAGUAAUGAUCCUGAAACUUGCUAUAAAUGCGAGGAAGCGUGAACUGGAGAGAAGUGCGAUAAUUGUGCUCAGGGAUACUUACUUGACUAUAAUAUCAAUUGUCUUAAAUCAUCGCUAACUCAUUGUUUCACACUUCAGUCCAAUAGUCCAGAUAAAUGCUUGGCAUGUGAAACUGGCUAUACAGGAGAAGCAUGCACUACUUGUGAUGUAUAUUAUUUGCCUGAUACUGAUGGACUUUGUCUUCUGUCAUAUGUGACUAAUUGCAAAACUAUUGAGAGCGGAAAUGGACAUGCUUGCCAUGAAUGCAUAGAUGGAUAUACUGGAACUUUAUGCGACAGUUGUGCACCUGAUUAUUUACCUGACAAAAAUAAGUAUUGCACUCCUUCUACUCUACAGCAUUGCACAUAUGUUGUUAGUGACAAUGGUGAUGCUUGCGAAAAAUGCAAUAAAGGUUGGACUGGUACUCUAUGUGACAGCUGCGAAACAGGCUACUCUGGAGAUUCUUGCACCGAUUGUACUCAAGGAUAUUUGCAUGAUGAAAGCUCAGCUUGUCUUCAAACAUCAGUAACUCAUUGCACUAUUCUUACAAGCGCCGAUCCUAAUUCAUGUUACCAAUGCGAGGCUGGUUACUCUGGGACAACAUGCUCUGAUUGUGCUCAAGGCUAUUUACAUGACGAAACUUCAGCUUGCCUUCAACCAUCAGUUUCCCAUUGCGCUACUCUCACAGCUAAUACUCCUACUUCUUGUUAUCAAUGUGAAGAUGGCUACUCAGGAACGUCCUGCAGUGACUGUGCAGAAGGAUACUUGCAUGACGAAAACUUGCUUUGUCUUCAAACAUCAAUAAAUCAUUGCAUCACACUAGCAAGCAAUAAUCCUAAUGUCUGCCAUACUUGUGAAAUAGGAUAUUCUGGUGCUACAUGCUCUGAUUGUGCUCAAGGCUAUUUACAUGACGAAAAUACAGCUUGUCUCCAGUCGUCUAUUACUCACUGCGCUAUUCUUGCAGCCAAUGCUCCUGAAUCUUGUCACCAAUGCGAAACAGGCUAUACAGGAACUACUUGCUCUGAUUGCUCAGCAGGAUACUUACAUGACCAAAAUUCAGCUUGUCUUCAAACUUUAAUUACAAACUGUAUCACACUUAAGAGUAAUGAUCCUAACACUUGCUAUGAAUGCGAGGAAGCUUGAACUGGAGAGAAGUGCGAUAAUUGUGCUCAGGGAUACUUACUUGACUAUAAUUCUAAUUGUCUUAAAUCAUCGCUAACUCAUUGUUCCUGUCUAGCAGCCAAUAAUCCUGAUUUGUGUAUGACAUGUGAAACUGGCUAUACAGGAGAAACAUGCACUAAUUGUGAUGUAAAUUAUUUGCCUGAUACUGAAGGACUUUGUCUUCAGUCAUCAUUGACUAAUUGCAAAACUAUUGCGAGCGGAAAUGGACUUGCUUGCCAUGAAUGUAUAGAUGGAUAUACUGGAACUUUAUGUGACAGUUGUGCACCUAAUUAUUUACCUGACAAAAAUAAGUAUUGCACUCCUUCUACUCUCCAGCAUUGCACAUAUGUUGUUAGUGACAAUGGUGAUGCUUGCGAAAAAUGCAAUAAAGGUUGGACUGGUACUCUAUGUGACAGCUGCGAAACAGGCUACUCAGGAGCUUCAUGCACCGAUUGCGCUCAAGGAUAUUUGCAUGAUGAAAGCUCAGCUUGUCUUCAAACAUCAGUAACUCAUUGCACUAUUCUUACAAGCGCUGAUCCUAAUUCAUGCCACCAAUGCGAGGCUGGUUACACUGGGACAACAUGCUCUGAUUGUGCUCAAGGCUAUUUACAUGACGAAGCUUCAGCUUGUCUUCAACCAUCAAUUUCCCAUUGCGCUACUCUUACAGCUAAUACUCCUACUUCUUGCCAUCAAUGUGAAAAUGGCUAUUCAGGAACGUCCUGCGGCGAUUGUGCAGAAGGAUACUUGCAUGAUGAAAACUUGCUUUGUCUUCAUCCAAAUAUGCCUCAAUGUAAAAUACUUAAGAGUAUAGCAUGAGUGAUUAUACUGCUUAGGUUGUGCUCGAUAUUCCAGUAUAAUCAGGUAUCUAUUUCAAAAUUUGAUAUAUGAACUCCAAGUAAUAAGCAUAGCCUUACCUAUUUGGGCGGGCUAUUUUAAGCGCAAAUAGUAAAUUUUUUAUGAAAAGGUUGAAAUUUAUAUAUAAAUGCCAUAAAUUCUCAUUUUUUGCUUUCAAUCAAAAAACUCCCAAUAAUUAACAAAUUUAUAUAAAAUUUACUAUUUGCAAAUUUGAUGCAAAAGCCUUCACAGAUAAGCAAGAAUUUGCUUAUUUAUAUGGGGUGUUAGGGGUAUUCCAAUAUUCACAAAAGUAGUGCAGAAACUGCUUUCUCCUACAACGAUUUCUUCUGUUAGAUAGGAUGACACUGAAUUUAUAGGUGUUUCGCGUCCUGAGUGCGCUUUAAUGAAGCAUCUAUUAGAGUUAGAAGUAAAAUCAGAGACGGACCAAGAUUAACUUGCUUUCUUGGAAUGAGAUUUCAUGCAUGCUAGCUGCAACAAUUGAUUAUCUGGCUUGCCAUAAAUCCACUCCUAAUCUUCCAAUCAAAUCAGUCAUAACCUACACAAUAUGUAUGCUCGGGCUAUAACACUCCAGAUGUUUGCUUCGAAUGUGUAGCCGGGUACACUGGCACUGGCUGCGAAUCCUGCGCACAAGGUUACAUAUGGGACGAACAACUCCAAUGUCUGCAAACAUCAAUUACCCACUGCGUUAUUCUUGUUCUACAAACCCCUACUCAGUGUAAACAAUGUGAGGUUGGAUACCAGAAAGACGACUGCUCAGAGUGUAUAGAAAAUUACAAUCGUGAUGUCGACUCAAACUGUAUUCCAUCAAAUUUGCAACAUUGCACAAUUCUUGAACGCAAUAAUGGAGAGGCUUGUAACCAAUGUGAAACAGGAUAUGCAGGGACAGUCUGUGAUAGUUGUGCAGCUAAUUAUUUGCCUGACGCAAACAAAGCUUGCAUUUCGUCUACAUUAAAACAUUGUUCGGUUGUCGAGAUAGGGAAUGGUGCAGUUUGUGCUAAUUGCGAAUUAGGCUGGUCUGGGACACAAUGUGAUAGCUGUGCUACUGGCUAUACCGGGGCGACAUGUAGUGAUUGCGCUCAAGGCUACAUAUAUGAUGUAAAUUAUGCUUGUUUGAAAACGUCUCUUCCUCAUUGUAUAACUCUAGCUGCAGGUGAUAUAUAUACUUGCCAUACAUGUGAAACAGGCUAUGUAGGAAACCAAUGCCAUCUUUGUGCAGAUGGCUACUUGCGUGAUGAAAGCUAUAAUUGCUUGUUGACGUCGAUAACUCAUUGCGUUAAACUUACCGGCAAUAAUCCUAAUUCAUGUCACCAAUGCGAUACAGGCUAUUCUGGAGUUAAAUGUACUGAUUGCUCACAAGGUUAUUUACAUGAUGAGAAUUCUUCUUGUCUCCAGCCAUCAAUAACUCAUUGCACAACUCUUGCUGCUGGAGAUCCAAAUUCUUGCCAUCAAUGUCAAACAGGCUAUACAGGGUCUACCUGCACUGUUUGCGAUAUAGGGUAUUUGAUUGAUAAUAGCUCAAAUUGUAUUCAAACAUCUUUAACACACUGUACAAAAGUUACUGAUGCUACUCAUUGUGCUGAGUGUGAAGAAGGGUAUGUAAGUGACAAUUGUGGGACUUGUGAUAGUGGGUAUGUCAAAACAACAUCACAGCUCUGUAUCCUUUCUUCAUUAACCAACUGUCAAACAGCUACUGAUGCUACAAAUUGCGCAGUUUGUGCUGCAAAUUAUGUACCUGAUGAAACUGGUCAAUGUAUUUCAUCAACACUUACUCAUUGUACAACUCUGGUAAGCGGAAAUGCAAAUUCUUGCAAACUCUGUGAAACUGGCUACACUGGGACGACAUGUGCUAGCUGUGUUCAAGGAUAUCUGCAUGACCAGAAUUCUUUAUGUCUUCAAUCGUCAUUAAUUCGUUGCAUUACUCUUGCUAGCAACAAUCCAAAUUCUUGCUUCUUAUGCAGCACAGGCUAUUCUGGAGCUACAUGUUCUGACUGUUCUGAAGGUUAUGUGCAUGACCAAAACGCUCUUUGUCUUCAAACCUCAAUUACUCAUUGCACUACUCUUAUAAGCAAUGAUCCCGAGACUUGCCAUCAAUGUGAAGCAGGCUAUACAGGUUCCACAUGCACAGAAUGCGAUGACGGCUAUUUGGUUAAUACUAAUGCUCAAUGCAUUCAAUCAUCAUUAACUCACUGCACUAGUGUUUUAGAUGCAUCUACUUGUCACCAAUGCGAACAUGGCUACUUAGGAAAUUCAUGCUCUGAUUGCAUACAAGGUUUUGUGCAUGACAAAACCUCUAUUUGCCUUGAAUCCUCAAUAACUCAUUGUGCAAUUUUAGUGAGCAAUAACCCCGAUUCUUGCUACCAAUGCAAGGCAGGCUAUUCUGGAGCCACAUGCGCAACAUGUGAUACUGGGUAUUUAAUGGACACAAACUCUCAGUGCAUUCAAACAUCACUCACACAUUGUACAACACUCACCGACGCCACUCACUGUGCCACAUGUGAAACCGGAUAUGAUGGUGAUACUUGUGGAAGCUGCUCUAGUGGAUACGUAAAAAAUUCUUCUCAAGUUUGUGUGAUUUCUACUUUACUCAAUUGCAAAGUAGCAGCCGAUACUACACGUUGCUCAGUUUGUGAUUCAAAUUAUUUGCCUGACGAAACUGGCCUAUGUAUUUCGACAACAAUUACCCAUUGCACUACCCUUGAAACCGGGAAUGGAAAUGUCUGCAAAGCCUGUGAAACUGGCUAUACUGGAACUACUUGUUCGGCCUGCGCUCAGGGAUACAUGAUUGACUAUAAUGGCAAAUGUGCAGAAGGAUCAAUAGCCCAUUGCAAUAUAAUUAGUAAUCCUACACUCUGCUUCUCUUGCGAAACAGGAUAUUCAGGAUACACUUGUGAUUUCUGCGAUACUGGAUACGUUAGAAAUACAGCAGAUUUGUGUAUCGCUUCUUCAUUAAUAUACUGUCUAACAGCUACUGAUGCUACACAUUGUUCAAUUUGUUUUACAAACUAUUUGCUUGAUGAAACUGGUAAAUGUAUUUCGUCAACAAUUACUCAUUGUACAACUCUGGUAAGCGGAAAUGCAAAUUCUUGCAAACUCUGUGAAGUUGGCUAUGCUGGGACGACUUGUACUGAUUGUGCUCAAGGAUAUGUACAUGACCAGAAUUCUUUAUGUCUUCAAUCGUCAUUAACUCAUUGCGCUACUCUUUAUAGCAGCGAUCCAAAUUCUUGCUUCUCAUGCAGCACAGGCUAUUCUGGAUCUAAAUGUGCUGACUGUUCUAAAGGCUACUUGCGUGACCAAAGCUCUCUUUGUCUUUUGAGUUCUCUAUCCCAUUGCACUACUCUUAAAGCCAAUGACCCUAACACUUGCCAUCAAUGCGAAACAGGCUAUGCAGGUCUAACAUGCACAGAAUGCGAUGUUGGCUAUGUAAGGGACACAAACACUCAAUGUAUUCAAUCGUUAAUGACCCACUGCAUUAUAGCUACUGAUCCAGAAAAUUGCCAGCAAUGCGAAACUGGCUAUGUAAGCAGGAGUUGUCAAAAUUGCGAUAUAGGCUAUUUACCAGACGUAAAUACAAAUUGCGUUGUAUCUUCGUUAUCUCAUUGUUUAAUUCUUGACAGCAAUAAUGGGCAAUCUUGUAACAUAUGCGACAACGGCUAUAUCACACCUACUUGUGAAAGCUGCGAUAUAGGCUACUUGCCAACUUCAUCUAAAAGCUGUAUUGUCUCUUCAAUACCUCACUGCAUAACAGUGACUGAUGCUAAUACCUGUUAUAUUUGUGAAAAAGGCUACGCAGGCAACACAUGUUCUACUUGUGAUAAAGACUAUUUGCCGACAUCUACCUCGGUCUGUAUUUAUUCUACCGUUUCAAACUGCAAUAUAAUCGAAAUUGAUGGAGUAGCCUGCAAUUCCUGCGCAGAAGGCUAUAUGAUAAAUACAGACGGCAUAUGCACACAGUCUUCUUUACUCCCCCCCUCCGUGAGUGAACAAAAAAACUUUGUUCACUCACGGAGGGGAGUUAAUUUUUUUUUUAAAAAAAAUUUAUAUAUAAGUUUUAUAAAAAAUAUUGUUUUUCGAAAUUUAAAAAAUCCUAAUUAGCAAAAAUUGAAAAGCAAAUAUUAAUUUAAUUUAUAAAAUUUAUGUUUUAAAAAGCAAUUCGUUAAAAUAAAACAGAUUGGCUCUAGAUUUCAUUAUACUAAUUAUCAUUUAUAAUAUCAAUUUUUUUUUCCAUAAAAAAUUUUUCUAUUAAAAAAUUUUUGUUCACGGAGGGUGGGCUUUUGGGCAAAAAAUAGCAAUUUUUCUAAUGGUUUGUUCACUCACGGAGGGGGGGGAGUUAGAGAAAUGUAUUGUUGUUGAGACGACUGGAACAGAAUGCCAUAUGUGUUUAGGAGGAUAUAUCCUUACUAAUACUUUUACAUGCACAUGUGGGGUUGAUAAUUGUGCAAGCUGCAAUGAAUAUGAUGGAGGAAUCUGCGAUAUUUGCCAGGCCGGGUAUGUUCAAAAUAAUGGAGAAUGCUCGUGUGAUGUAAGCUUUUGUGAUACUUGUAAUAGUGAAAAUGGGCAGAUUUGUGAUGUGUGUAAGGAUGGAUUUGAUGGCAGUGGAACUUCUGUCUGCCAAUGCCCAUCUGGAACUUGGACUGAUUAUCAAGCUGAAACUUGUGUGGCUUGCUCAAACCAAUGCUUGACCUGUGCAUCAUCUACCAGCUGCAUUGACUGUGUCCCUAAUGCUAAAAAAGCAGAAAAUUCUGUACCUAAAUCCAAAUAUUACCCAACUUGCUCAUGCAUUGACAGCUAUUUCCCAUUAAAUGGCAAAUGUUAUCAGUGUCCUACAUGCUGUGCAACCUGUACCUCAGCUUCUAAAUGUUUAACUUGCAAUAAACACGCUUCUCUUAACUCCAACAAUAUUUGUCAAUGUGACACCGGUUUUGCCUUAAACUCCAAUAACGCAUGCACCGCAGUCUGUAGCAGUUUAUGCUCUUCUUGUGACGAAGAUAAUGGAAAUUGCUUAGCAUGUAUAACCAAUGCUGAGUUCAAUAACAAAGCUUGUAAAUGCACACAGAAUUCUUCGUAUGACCAGGCUUCAAAUAGCUGUCUUUGUAAUAAUGGAUACUCUUUGGUGAAUAGCAAAUGCAUUUUGUGCAAGAAUUAUUUAGCGUCUUCAGACGUAACUGGGGCUUCCUUUAGCUUUUCGUUUACUUCUGUGUCAGUGACCUUUAAGGUUCCUAUAAAUACUGGUCUAGACCCGACUUGUUCUGAAGUACUGAGCUAUGAUACUCUUUUGUUGAUGGGAACUGGACCAGUAUGUUCUUGGGCUGACUCAAAGACUUUGAAAAUUGUACUGGGGGCUGGCUUUACCUUGAGAAGUGGCACAAUUAAUUUGGACGGCACUUAUAUUGUUAAAGAUACCACAGACCAAUGCACAACUAACUAUCAGCCACUUAGCACUCAAAUAACCAUGACAUCAGAUCCAGCUCCAAUAGCUAAGCUAUCAGGCCCAGAGCUAGUCUCCUUAGGCUGCGGAUCCACUACUAUUGUAUACUCCGCUGAAAAAUCUACUGGCUCCUAUGGAACUUCUAUGACCUAUACCUGGAGCUCUACCAUUUCUCCUGCAAUUUCUAGCCUAUCCACUUAUAUUUCAUCUCAAAAAGGCUCAAGCUUAUCAAUUACGCGAAAUUAUUUGACAAAAGUGACAACCCAGACAAGCUUAACAGUAACUGUGACAAUCAAAAAUGGAAUCAGCUCAACCACAAGCACAGCGACAGUGUCCACGAUUUUGUCCCCUGAAGAGUCCUUAAAUGUGUCCUUUGACUCAGGAAAUUCUGUAUCAGUCAAAACUUCUGACACCACAAAACUAAAAGCAAAAGUUACUGACGUCUGUGGAGGGUCUACGAGCUCUAUUUCUUGGAAAUGGUCCUAUGUGUCAGGGCCUACUGGUUUUUCUGGGUCUAGUCUAGCUGUCAGUGCUACUAGUAAGUUAGAAAUUGCUAAAAAUUCUCUUCCUGCUGGCGGCACUUAUGGCUUCAUGGCAAUUGCUUCUCAGUCUAACGGUGACUCAACUGUAUCAGGAAACGCUACAGUGUAUGUGACGACUACUGCAUCUCCUCUGUAUAUCAAAUUAUCUAAAGGAAGCGGCGAUGUCAACCCAAGCAAAGACUACACUGUUAAUGCUAAAAACUCUAAAGACCCAGACAACCCUACUUCAACCUUAAAUUAUGAAUGGACCUGUUUAAACCAUGCUGAUGGCUCUCAGUGUUUGGCAGCUGAUAAUAGUGUACUGUUUUCUUCAGAAACCUCAAGCACACUUACGAUUCCUUCUGCAAAAAUCACCAAAGGGGCAGAAUGGGAUAUAACCUGCACCAUCUCAAAAGACACCAGGACUGCUUCCGCAACUAUAACUCUUUUUGUGUUAUCUCAGAGUACUUCAACUUCAAUAGAACUUCCUACGCUCGGUAUCAAAGUAAAUAAUCAGCAAUCUAAUUCGUAUACAGCCUCAGUCUCUGCAAGCUCAAGCUCAACUUUGACCUGGACACAAACAUCAGGAACUGCUGUGACGAUUUCUCCUAACAACCUUCCCACAAUUAAUUUCCCAGCCAAUUCUCUUAGUGAAGGAGUUUCAUAUGUAUUUACAUUGACUGUAAAAACUGCUUCGACCAGCUUUAGCGUAGACUUAGAUGUAGAUAUUAACCUAGGAGCAUCCUGUACAGGCUCUACAAGUGUAAGUCCUUCCAGUGGAACUGCUUUAAUUGAUACUUUUCAGCUUUCUAUAUCUGGUUGCUAUGACCGAGAUGAUGAAGACUACCCUCUUCUAUACACCUUUAAGAACUCCCGUAAUAAUAAGACUCCUUAUACAGUCGGCUACACAACCCAAAGUAAUGAAGUGUCGUCUGUUUUCCCAUCAGGACAAAAUAGAGCUACUGCUCAUGUCUGUGAUCAGCUAGGAACCUGCUCAGACUAUCAAUCUUCUGAUUUCACAGUUAAUAAAUACACAGGAAGAAUGCUUGAUUCCACUUGGCUUUGGGACGGCUAUAAAUCUAUGACACUAGACUCAGACAAUAUUCCAUCCGCAAUUCUCUUGUAUUCCAGCGCAGAGAUUGAUAGCGCUUUAUUCACUCAGAUGUGGUCUGACUUGCAGUAUUAUGCGACAAUUGCUAGCAUGACGAACUCAGAACUGCAAACUGUAAUUGGCGCUAUCAGUUCUUUGGCAGAUCAUACGUCUUUAAUGAGCUUAAGCAUGUACCAGGAAUUUAUUUCUUGGAUAAAUAGCCUUUUAUCCUCUUUCUCUUCACUUGUGCCUGACCAAGACAGUAUUGAUUUAAUUGUCACUUUUGGAGAAGGCUAUUUGUCUUAUGGAAACAGAACCAAUUACACUGAACAAUCCUUUGAAAAAUACAUUUCAGCGGUCGACAGUUUCUAUAUCACAUGGAUCAAUGCAGCUACCAUAAACGAUUUAGUGACCCAAUCCUCUAUAAACGGAAACCAAAACACCGAUGACACCAAGAUUUACAAAGAAAGGAACUUUAUCACUGGCUUUGAAAACACCACAAGAGAAUAUGACGACGAUAGAUCUUUUAAGUACCCAGAAGUGCUUGCAAUCGAUUCUUCUAUUAUUAUGAACAUGAGGGCUAAUUACUAUCACGGCUUUGCCAAUGAUUUCUCUGACAUUGCUUCUUUCAGCUUAGGACAGUCAGGGACUUAUUCAGACUUUACCCUUUCUACAUAUGCCGAAACAGACUUGGCAUUUUCUUCUACAGAAUAUCCAUUUCUAAUCCAGUUACCUUAUUAUAAGGACCUCUCGAAAGAUAUGAACUGGACUUGUGUGUAUUAUAAUGAAGGGAAUAAGACUUGGGACGAGACAAAUUGUAAAAUUGUGGGAAUUAAUAAUGAGACAAGAAUCGUUACUUUCCAAGUCUAUCACUUUUCAAUGUAUAAACUGUCAGAAACCCCAAUUGAAGUUCCACCACCAAUUGUCCCACCUACAGUCUCGUCAAGCUGCGACCAAAAUUUAGCUCCAUUGUAUAUUCUUGUGGUGACACUGUUUAUUGGAAUACUGCUUGCUCCAGUUGUGGUGGUAAUUGAUAGAUUAAAUAGAUCUACAAGUGUAGGAAAGCUUGAUAUAGUUCCUGAAAACACCCCUGUGCAUACUCCAAGGGAAAGCUCAAGAAAUUUGGUCGAUACCUGCAAAGGAACGACACAAAUAAAAUGGAGACAACACCGACCCAUCCUCUCCCGGAACUGUGGCGAGAUUGGGGACCUUGCUGCGGCCUGAAGCCAAUCCGCCUAGGAAAAGGUCUGGAAUGGGUACUGGUAGUUUGUGUCCGGCUAGGUUUCCCUCCCAGUCCAGCAACGACGAUCCUAGGGUCGUCCCGAUAGGACACGGGGUAAAAAGGGUUUUUCCUCUAGGGACGCUAGUGCCAAUUUGGAGGACAUGGCAGGAGCCGACAAGAGCUAAGGAGUUAAUCAUUAGCUCUAACCCUAGUCUGGCGACGUGAAGCACGGUGACCCAGUCCGCCUACUUCCGGGAUAGCAUGACCAAGCCCCAUGACCGGAAGGAGCUGAGUGGUAGCCUGUGGCACUUAGGUGCACACUGGAAGCAGGGCAAGGAAGCAAGCGAGGCGUCCAAAAGGCGGAAGAAAAGGACCUUCGGUCCUGGCAGGGAGCUACUCUAUAAUUUUAACUAAGACUAAGACCUGCAAAGGAACGAUGCCAGUAGUAAUCCAUGAUCUUGAAAGCUGCUGCGGAGAUGCCCCUGUAGAGGCAGCUGAGACCAAGAGGGGAGUGGAAAUUGAAUGAACUGAACAAGCUGUAAAUGUAUCCAAACCUGAAAACUCUCAAAAUUCGCCAAAAUAUCAUAGUAAGUUUCAGGGUUUAAUAGAAGGACAUUUAACUAUAGGACUUCUUUAUUACAGACCAGGGUUUUCAAGAGCUACCAGACUUUUUACAUUGAUAACUGUUAUUAUUUUCGAAUUGCUACUAGAAGGACUAUUUUUCUAUGGGUCAGAAGACACAGAUAGCGGAAGCGAAAUGUCAACCCAGUCCUUGUUUGAUGACUAUGAAGGGGAUUACUUUGGCUAUAUGAUUUUAGCCAUCGCGGUAUCAAUUCCUGUAGAGGUAUUCAUGAUAAUUGCAUUUAGUAUUUAUAGGGUGAAAUUGCCUGUAUGGACAGCAGCUGCAGUCACUGUUGGAGUUUCAAUUCUUAUAGGAUCUAUCAUUGGAGUCGUGAUGCUAAGCAAUGACUUCUGCCACGAGUGGAGCGGGUAUUGGGCAGUUAGUUUCUUGUGGGGGAUUCUGAUUGAGAUUUUUGUCAUGCAAACCAUUUACAUGAUUAUGAGAUAUAUUAUUGUGCAAAUGUAUCCACCAGUUGAAACAUGCAAAGUAAAACCUUAA